AGACUGUAAACUGCUGUAAACCUUAAUUCCGAAAAAUAUUUGUGGGUGUUAUAAAGCCAAAAAUUCGUGUAGACAAAUUAUCAUAGUUAGUACGAUAUAUUACUUAAAAUAAAAACUUACACGGAGGUUAGGAAAUCAUGAUAUUUUUAUCUUUUCAACGAAUUGUAAUACCCAAAGCAUUUACUUUUGCGAAUUUAAAUGUGUUUAGCAGUAUUGGUACUGUUGUUAUUAAUUCACCAAAAAAUGUUAUGUAUUCAACUAACCGAUCAUUUGGCAAUGGCUUGCAAUUCCCAUAUAAUACUUUAUCGCAAAAUAGGCUGCAAAUACAUUAUAUUAACCAAAUGAGAAUGUUAAGUGGUAUGAAAGGUAUUCAAGAAAAUAUAUCCGUACUUCAAAUGAAAAAGCGACCCUUAAGAAAAAAACGACCAGUUGUCGAAGACGAAGAAAGACCUUUGCCUGGUUUUUGGAAUGUAAAAGCUGUGGCUACUGCUGAAGAAUAUAAUUUGGAAGAACUUAUGGAUGGUCUUUUAGAGCAGAAUUUAUAUAUACCAAGAAAAAUAUGUACCACAUCUAACUGAUCCAUGCAAUUUCUGAAACAUCAGUGUUAACUCUAAUUAAGCAACAAACUACAUAAACAGUACUAAACAAGUGGAAGAACUUAAGAAGAAUAAUAAGAAGCAAACUAAGAAACUAUUUAUUCAUUCACUAUUUCAAGAGAAUCUGAUAAUACAGUGUGUGAUACAAGAAACGUUAUCAUGGAUCUGUGUAUUCCGUUGCCACUGCCCAAUGAAGAAUUGGAAGAUAUAAUUGACAAGGCCAAGGACUGGGCAUUGAUGCAUGGUGUAUGUAUGCGUUCAAAGGUGAAGUUUAAUAGAGACGCUCUACAAUUUGCACCGUUUGUUUUGAUACCUUCCUCCUUUCCUCGUAAGGAAUUUGAGAAUGCAUGUAGCAUACAGAUAAUUUUAAACAGACUAAUGCAUCAAGUGGCUCACGACUAUGACUUUUUAAAAGAAACUCUACAAGAAACAAUUGAAGUUGAUACCUUUACAAGGAAGCUUUUUGAUAUCUACGAGACUGUAUAUAAAGAAGGAUUUACACAAAAAAUAUCACUGGGUUUACUUAGAUCUGAUCUUAUGUUGGAUACAAGUUGUCCAAAGCCAAAAACUUGUAACAAUCAUCAACCUUACUGCUGUUGGAAACAGGUGGAAAUUAAUACAAUAGCGUCAGGAUUUGGCUGGCUAGGUCCUGCUGCAACAAAUCUUCAUAAAUUUAUACUGCAAGAACUUGGAGUUCCAGAAAAAAUAAAAAAUCUUCCUGAUAAUAAUGCCCUACAAGGAAUUUGUACAGGAAUGAUAGAAGCUUGGAAGAUAUACAAUGACCAAAAAGCAGUUAUUUUAUUCGUCAUAGAAGAUGUUACAUAUAAUAUUUGUGACCAGCGUUUCCAUGAAUUUGAAAUCAGAAGAUUAAACCCUGACAUCAAGGUGAUUAGGCGAAAUUUAACACAGCUAGCUGCCGGAGCGAAACUAGGGCAGAAUAAGGAAUUGUUAAUGGAUGGCUAUACCAUAGCAGUAGUAUACUAUAGAAGUGGCUAUGAGCCAGGACAGUAUUACAGCAAAAACGAAUGGGAUGCUAGAUUGCUAAUAGAGAGAUCAUUAGCAAUUAAAUGUCCUUCUAUUCAAUAUCAUUUAGCAGGAGCAAAAAAAGUUCAGCAGGCAUUAGCGAAACCAGAAGCCGUGACGAGAUUUCUUAGAGAUGAAAAAACUAUUGAACGUGUCAAGGAAAUCUUCACUGGCUUAUACUCUUUAAAUUUUGAUGAACAUGGUGAUGCAGCCGUAGAAAUGGGUAUUGCAAAUCCUAAAAAAUUUGUCCUUAAACCCCAACGUGAAGGUGGCUGCAAUAAUAUUUAUGGAAUGAACGUGAGGAGCUUUCUUGAAUCCACGAAAAAUAAACAGGAACGCGUUGCAUGGAUUCUCAUGGACAGAAUCGAUCCACCUUUGCAAAUAAAUUAUCAAAUUAGACCAGGCAGUGAUACAGAUACUGAAUUAAAGGAAUUAGUUUCAGAGUUAGGUAUUUUUGGUGUCAUUAUAGGGGAUGAGAAAACUGUAUUAAUAAACAGACAAGUGGGACAUAUGUUGAGAACAAAAAUAGCUACUGCUGAUGAAGGAGGCGUAGCAAGUGGUUUAGGUGCAUGUGAUAGCCCCUAUCUGAUUGACUGAUUUAUUAGAUCUUCCAAUCGAACAUACAUUACGUGAAGCAUUUUAUGUAUUUAAAAACUAAUCAUCAACUAAUACUUUAUACGGUUUAGGAAGUAUUUAUACCACACUGGGUAAUUAUUAAAUCGCCGCACCGUACACCUUUGCAAAAUUAUAUGGUGUACUACAUUUUAUAAUUUUACAAAAUUCUGUACUCAUUAUUUUCUUCUUAUAUUAAGUAAAAUGAAAUUUGAUUUCUUUUGGACGGAUAUUACCGCUUUUAAUUAUAAAAAGAUGAUAAAGGAGCUCCAAAUUUCUAAAUCGUAAUUCCAAAAUAGCUGUUAUGUUCCAUUUUUUUACAUGUAAUAAUAGUGUCGAUUUUUGUCGUCAAUAAUAUUAUUAUACUACUCAUUGUAAUUAAUUCAAA